AUGUUUGAAAGCCACAUCACAAGGACUGCGAGUUGGUUGCCGCCAGUAGAGAGCUGGCCCGUGAAAGAGGGAGACAGUCCACAUGACGAAGACCUUCCGUAUGGAUGGGAACAAGCGUUAGAUAGCCGUGGGAAGCCAUAUUAUAUAAAUCAUGUCAAUAAAACGACAACUUAUGUGGCACCAGAAGGGUUCUCGUGUGAGUCACCGCCCGCGCCUCGAGAUGUGGUGCUGGAGAGAGACCCUGAGCUUGGCUUCGGUUUUGUUGCUGGGUCAGAGAAACCGGUGCUUGUUCGUUUCGUUACGGAUAAUUCGCCAAGUGUUGGGAAGCUAGAACCUGGUGACCAGAUACUAUGCGUGAACGGGGAAGACGUGAGUUCGGCAGCAAGGGAACACGUCAUAGCGGCUGUCCGGGCGUGUUCCGAACGUGUUACCUUGCGAGUUUGCCAACCGGCCAGGAGUGGGAACUUGGCGAGACGAUCAGCUUUCCUAUCUGCGGCAAAGAGGGCCAGGUUGAGGGCCAGACCUCCCAGAGUACGAUUUGCUGAUUCAGUCCAGCUCAAUGGCGCACCUAUGUAUCCUCCAUCUGCAUUUUCCCUAGGUGAUCUUUGUCUACCUCCAAUGGCAAAUGUUCUCAAAGUGUUUUUGGAGAAUGGUCAAACUAAAUCAUUUAAAUAUGACGCGACGACCACCGUAGCUGAUGUGGUCACCAGUUUGAAAGAUAAACUGUGCAUCACAGCAGAGGAACAUUUUAGUUUAGUGGUCGAACAUGUUAAGAGCUUAAGACGAAAUAAGCUGACGUUGUUGGACCCCAAGGAAUCUUUAGCUCGAAUCGCGGCGCGUCCCGGCUCACACAAAAUGCGAUGUCUCUUCCGCAUAGUCUUCAUGCCGUCUUCUGCAGCGGACCUGGCGCAGAAAGACCUCUCAGCCCUCGACUAUCUCUAUCUACAGUGCUGUAACGACGUGGCUCAAGAUAGAUUUGCUCCAGAACUUCAGCCUGAUGUAGCGUUGCGGUUGGCAGCCCUGCAUAUACACCAACAUGCGCUUGCGCAUAACAUGUCACCCGCCAAGUUGACUGUGAAAGGGGUUGAGAGAGAGUUCGGUCUAGAACGAUUCGUGCCGAGUAGUCUGCUAGAAAGUAUGAAGCGCAAGGAACUGCGACGUCUCGUGGCGCACUUUUUGAAGUUGAACGCGCAAAUGACUGGCGGCCAGCGACAUCUGACCCAAUUACAAGCCAAGCUCCACUACCUGGACAUAGUGGGCGGGCUGCCGAGCUACGGCGCAAAGUGCUUCAGCAGCAGCCGGCCCGAGCGCGUGCUGCUCGUGUCGCCGCGCUUCGGGCUCAGCCAGAUCGUGGGGAGGAGUAACUCUGUGCCACAAUCAAUAGCGACGUUAGAAGAAGUGGAAGGCGUUCGCGUCAAGAGCGAAUGUUCUGGAAGCGCUGACGUCGCCAUAUUCCUACAGAGAGAUCGCGUCUUAGCGCUUCUGAUGGACGAGAGGGAUGCUGCAGAGAUGCCUUUAGUUAUUGCUGGAUAUUACCGUCUCGCCACUGGGAAAGAGCUGAACGUAGAGUUGGAAAGGGAACCUCUUACUGAAGAUAUUGCUCCACCUUAUCUAUCGCAACACAACGUAACUCCGGCUAAAUGGAGUUACUUGCACUAUGACGAUCCUUUGAUCAUCGCUAAGAAACACUUUGCGAUAUUUAGUAUGCCCCCUCCCUAUCACUCCACUCCAGAACAAUCUAAAACUAACCUAGACUCAAAUAUGAAUACCAGCAUUGCGAAUAGAAAUCACAGCAAUAGUAACAGCCCUAUUGUAGGAUAUGAUAAAAAUAUAGUCUCUCACGAUGUUCAGUUUGAUAAAUGUAAAAGAAACGAUUUCAGGCUAUUUGAUCCGAACGAUUCUUGCUAUCUAGACGACGGUAUGGGCUUUGAUCUACAAAGUGUAUUAUCUAUGGAAUUACUAGAAAAUGCAAACAAUCCACGCAUAGUUGAGGCUAAAAAUGAGGAAGUGUUGCGUAGAGUGGCAGAAAUGCAAAAGUUAGUUAAAAAUUCUGAACAGUAUUUGACUGAGAAUUGUGAUUUUAAUGAUAUCGGUUUUAAUGGAGUGUUGAGAGACGAACUAGUUGGUAAAGAAACAUGUGUUGAUCAUUUAGAAAGUGAUACUGAAUCUAAUAAUAGUAGGAUGUCGAAUAUUGACGAUGCGCCGGGUAUAUUGAAGCAUAGUGACUCCUUGUUGCUCUUAACUGAAACCAUUAACCAAGGGUUGAGUGGUCUAGCAGUAGAACCUGAGAAAAAGUUUAAUGAUGAACUAACAAAACGACAAUCGCAAGGGCUAAGUGCAAUUCUCAACAAUUGCGGCUUAACUGAUGCUUUAUUAGCUCUCAACAAUGAUGUAGUGUAUUCAGAGAGCGAUAAUGACUCUUCAUACACACCGACUAGCAGUCCGAUAAGAAAACAUCAAAAGUCAACCAGUAAACCCGUCAGAACAAGUUUCGGCUUACAUAGUCCCGACGCGACGUUAGACACUAAAGAGACCAACUUAAAAGAAUAUCUAAAACAACUUCGUGAAAAGAGUAAUAGAGAAGAAACUGCUGCAGAAUUCCCAUUCUUUUAUCAAGAAAGUAUUAUAGACAAUGACGCCGAGCUUAUAGAUUUAACUUUGAUACCUCCACCACAAACUCCCGAUGAGUUAGACUGUUCGACACAAGUGCCUCAAAUUUUACCAAUAGUACCGCCAUCUUUCGCCGAUGCAGACGAUACACCAAAAAGUAACGAAUUGGAAGAAUUUAUAGCUAACGUUACCAUACAACCGCCGACUGUUAAAGUGACUCCAGCUAUUGAAUUGACGCCAGAGGAAAUUAUGUCAUAUAUAAUACCACCACCACCCGCAUCAAACUCAUCUACAUUAGAUAGAGAUCAUGGUAAUUUUAAUACAAAUGAAACUAAAAACGAGCAGAAUUCGUCUGACGUAAAACCUUUAAACGGUGAUGUAAUACGAGGAGCGCUAAGUGUUAGUGAAAUUAGAAAUAUGUUUAGUGCAAAGGGCUUGAGCGAUGCUAGAAACAGCUUACUUUUAAAGGAUAAAAGUAAAUCGCAUAAUCAGAAAUCGGAUUCACCGAAAAGUAGAAGAAAAAGUAUAGGGGAUAGGCAAUCGAAUGGAAACGCACACGUUAUUGAAUAUCCAACGGUAGAAAGGAAGGGCAUGUUCUCGUGUUGUAGCAAAGAUAAAAAUAAAAGCGAUGACAGUAACGAUGAAACCGAAAAAAUCGAAGGUAAUAUUCAAAACUCUGACUCAAUGCCAGAUGUUUGUGAAAUCCGACCGCCGCCCAGGAGAAAAAGUACAGAACUCCUGAAAAAACCUGAAAGACCUCCCAAAAUACCCCCAACACCUGCCCCCAGACCGAGAUCGAAUUCAUUUACUUAUACUAAUAACGAAUUGAGUGCAGUCGAAAUAACAAGCAAUCCCUUCAGUACUUUGAACAAUAGAAAGCUUAACUAUAAAGUUGUGUGCGAAAUAAAUGAAGGGCAAAAUCCACCACAAUUACCACCAAGACUAGAAAACAGAGUUCUAUCUCCACCUCCACCGUUACUGCUACCACCUAAGAAACCACCCUUACCCCCCGUCCCAAGUAUCGAAGUGUUACGAAUGAAAAACUCCCAGAAGCUGUCACCAGUGCGUACAGAACGCCUGGCCAGUAUCGGAUCUCCACAUUUCCAAAGAAAUCUAAAUACCUAUCGAAACCUCGAAAUCGAAAACAGACUAACAGACGAUGAAUCCCAAAACAAAUCAACCCAAAACUACAGCUCUAUGACGCUACAAAAUCGCCACGUUCGCUCGAACUCAGAAACGAAAAAUACAAUUCUGAAAAACAAAGAAAUGUCUGUAGCUUUAUCAUUAUGCUCUCCGCAAAUGAAUAGACGGUUCAGCAAUCGUCCAGACCUCUUAAACGGGGCGCCAUUAGAUCGUAUUUUUAGUCCGCCGUUAGAUAGAAAACUUAAACGCGAUACAGCAAGUCCGACAGGGAAAGUUCAGAAUCACGUGAGAUUUAAAGAAGACGUGAUAGACGACAUACCAACACCCCCGUCUCCGCCUACCGUCAAAUUUCCAGAAUUCCAGUCCAAUAACGGGCAUGUGUCUAUUGAGAAUUUGCUUUGUAAGACUGAAGUGGCAGUUGAUGGACUACUCCAGCGGCUGCACCAGGUUGCUCAAAAGUGUUCUCAUCAGCACGCGCACGGCGGUGGGGAAGAUAUCGAUGAAGUUAAAUUUCAGAGAGCUCGCAAUGAACUCACAUCGUGUGCGGUGUCCCUAGUAGGAGCGUCUCGCACACUGGUAGGCGCGCUCGGCGCGAGCGGGGCCGCGCCCGCGCCCGCCGCGCUCGCCGACUGCCUCACGCCGUUACGACGAUUGGCUGAUUUGGCACAGGCUCUCGGACGACACACAUCGGCCCCACUCCAAACUAGAAACCUAGUCCUCCGCGUCCACGACGUCACCGCCGCGUUUAAAGACCUCGCUGGAGCAGAAAUGGCGCAAAUCAUUCACGAACAUAACUCAAAAACACAAGGGCAAGAGACUAAUUCCACUUUGGAAGGUCAGUUGGCCCUGCGAGCUGAAUGUUUGGCUAAUGUACUAGCAACACUGCUUAGGAGUCUUCGAGUUUUCUCACCC